CCAAACCAACCUGGACUCAACGGAGAAACCAAAGCCAGCCCCAUUCUCUCUGAUUUAAGAACAAGGAGGAGCAGAGCUUUUGCACGCAAACAAACAGACGACACUCUUAUCUAUUUGUCUGAGUUUUCUACUCUGAAGUCACGUAUUCAUUGAUUGUUUCCAGCGAAAACGGAAUAAAAAAAAUGAUUCAGCAAUCGGUUUCGAACCCUUGUCCAAUCUCUGUCCCAUUUCCAAAACUCAAACCGCACUCAAUGUCUUGGAAUUCCUCUGCCAGUAUUUGCUUUCGUUGUGAUUUUCCCGGUAGUUAUGUGAAAACGAGAAUUCGCUGUGAGGCUGUGGAUUCAUCCAAGGUUGACAUAAAACCAUCCCCGUCGUCGUGGGAUUCGUCGGCAGCGAAGAAGAGUGGGCCCUACCCUGGAGGAAUGGGGCCCUACACGGGGAGAGAUCCGAAUGCGAAGAAGCCGGAGUGGUUGAGACAGAGAGCGCCUCAAGGAGAGAGGUACGAGCAGGUGAAGGACUCCCUCUCCCGCUUGAAUCUCAACACAGUCUGCGAGGAGGCCCAGUGUCCUAACAUUGGGGAGUGUUGGAACGGAGGCGGAGAUGGUGUUGCCACUGCCACGAUCAUGCUUCUUGGGGAUACUUGCACCCGUGGCUGUAGAUUUUGUGCUGUCAAAACCAGCCGAAACCCUGCACCUCCCGAUCCAUUGGAACCACAAAACACUGCCAACGCUAUUGUAAGCUGGGGUGUGGACUAUAUUGUUCUAACGAGUGUAGAUCGUGAUGAUCUACCUGAUGGUGGAAGUGGGCAUUUUGCUCAGACUGUCAAAGCUAUGAAGAAACUCAAGCCUGAGAUCAUGGUCGAGUGUUUGACUUCUGAUUUUCGGGGUGACUUGAAGGCUGUAGAGACUCUGGUACACUCAGGAUUGGAUGUGUUUGCCCAUAAUAUUGAGACUGUGAAACGGCUCCAGCGAAUUGUCAGAGAUCCUAGGGCUGGGUAUGAACAGAGCUUGUCAGUUCUAAAACAUGCAAAACUCUGCAAGGAGGGCAUGAUAACAAAAUCCUCUAUAAUGUUGGGCCUUGGAGAAUCUGAUAAUGAAUUGAAGGAAACCAUGGCUGAUUUAAGGGCUAUAGAUGUUGAUAUUUUGACACUUGGACAAUACUUACAGCCAACUCCAUUACACCUCACUGUCAAAGAGUAUGUUACCCCUGAAAAGUUUACUUUCUGGAAGGAAUAUGGGGAGUCCAUUGGAUUUCGUUAUGUUGCCAGUGGACCACUGGUUCGAUCCUCAUAUAGGGCUGGCGAGCUCUUUGUUAAGACGAUGGUUAGAGAAAGGGUUAAUAGCACUGCUGGCAAAUCCUAAUGAGUUUUGGCUAUUGUGGACUUUCUUAUGUAUUGCUGUUGAGCUAACCACAAAUUAGUGAAUGGCGUGUCGUGGGCACUGACUGCAAAGGCAGUCCUAAAUCAUUAUAGUCUAAAUUUUUGUAGGUCUAGUGAAAAGAUGUCUUCAUUUUUUUGAGGAUUUUGUUUUUAUGUCGAAACCCAUUGCUUGGCCUACAAAAUUUUAAUAAAUCUUCAAGUUAGCAUUUAUUCUCACA